CCUUAUUACCACACAUAGUUUCCAAACCCUAUCAAAUGGAGACUAAAACCCUAUAUUUAUCUCUCUUUCUUCUCUUCUUACUCUCAAUUACAUCAAACGCUUCACCCAAUCGAAAAAUCCGAACCCUAAAACCAUGCAAAAGACUAAUUUUUUACUUUCAUGACACUAUUUACAAUGGCAAAAAUUUCAAAAAUGCCACUUCAGCAAUUGUGGGUGCACCAGCUUGGGCAGACAAGACAACCUUAGCUAAAUAUAAUCAUUUUGGCGACAUUGUAGUGUUUGAUGAUCCAAUUACGCUAGACAAUAAUUUACAUUCCACGCCCGUUGGUCGUGCGCAAGGUAUUUACUUGUAUGACAAGAAAGAAAUUUACACUUCUUGGAUGGGUUUUUCUUUUGUUUUCAAUUCUACCGAGCAUAAAGGAAGUUUAAAUUUUGCUGGUGCUGAUCCAUUGAUGAACAAGACUAGGGAUAUUUCGGUAAUCGGCGGUACCGGAGAUUUUCUUAUGGCUCGAGGAGUAGCUACAUUGAUGACUGAUGCUUUUGAAGGUGAAGUUUAUUUUAGACUUCGAGUUGACAUUAAGUUGUAUGAGUGUUGGCGGUGAUUCAUUAAUUGAGUUGUUACGGGCGUUCGCUGUCGGGGCGGAUGCGGAGUCGAGGGCGGGUUGCCCUCUAGGAAGCAACCACCGUCCCCUUUUAUUAAUGGAACCUUUAUAUUAUUUUUCAGUUGUAUCAUUUUUAUAAUUUUAAUAAUUUUAUGUCGUUGGGACCAUUUUUGAAAGAAAAAAAUGGGACCAAACGACAUGUCUUAAUUGUAAUCCCUAAUACAAGGGUUUCAAAUUUUUCUUUCUUAUUUGUCAUGAGUCCCUGAAAAAAUAAACUUAUACAUUUCGCCUCCAUGGGUCAUAAAUCUGACUCAAUUACUGUUGGUGUUGUAGGUGUGUUCUUUUGUUUGAGAUUGUUUUUCCAUCUUUGGUUAAAGUUAUUAAGUGUUUGAUUUUAAAUA